CACCCAUCCACGCAGGUCACAGUGUAAGAAGAAAAAAUGGCGCGGUUUUGCAACUACAGCAGUGAAGUGAUUCUCAGAAGAAGCGGUUAUUCUUUUCAGAGUCUCUGACGUGUUGUUUAUUAUUAAAUUAAUGCAUUGUGAUUAUUAAACUGUUUAUUUUCUAGGGCAUGUAAAGCAGUCCGUUUUAGUAUCUCCUAACAGGCUACACACGAGCAGGUGUGUUUCGGAGGCUGAAAUGAACGGGGCUGUCAUCCCCCACACCCCGCUAGCCGUGGACUUCUGGCAUCUGCGGAAGUGCAGCCAGGCGCGCCUGUUCUUCCUCUCUCACAUGCACGCCGACCACACCAGCGGCCUGACCUCCACCUGGAGCAACAGACCCAUCUACUGCUCGCCUGUCACCGCCAAGCUGCUCAGGUUAAAGCUGCAGGUGAAGGACAGGUGGAUCCGCCCCCUGGAGGUGGGACACGCCCACCUGCUGCCCCUGGAUGAGGUGGGCAAGGAGACGAUGACGGUCACCCUGAUCGAUGCCAACCACUGCCCGGGCUCCGUCAUGUUCCUGUUUGAGGGCUACUUCGGCACCAUACUCUACACAGGUGAUUUCCGCUACACCCCGCUGAUGCUGAGGGAGCCAUGUCUCAGUAAGCACAAGCAGAUUGACGUGCUGUACCUGGACAACACCAACGCCAGCCGAGACCGGGUCUUGCCGUCCCGGAGCCAGGCCACCCAGUGGAUCAAAGAGCUCAUCCGCCAGCACCCCGAGCACAACAUCGUCAUCGGCCUUUACAAGCUGGGCAAGGAGUCCCUGUUGGUGGAGCUGGCGUUGGAGUUCCAGUCAUGGGUGGUGGUGAGCCCUGAGCGGAUGGAGACCAUGCGUGUGCUGGGCCUCCCGGAUGUGUUUGUCACAGAGGAGGGGGCUGGCAGAUUCAGAGUGGUGGAGCAGAGAGAGGUCAAGCACUCCGCCCUGAUUCAGUGGAACACCCAGCACCCAACCCUGGCCAUCCUGCCCACCAGCCGCCCGCUCACCCCCUGGCACUGCAACCUGCACGUAGUGCCCUACUCCGACCACUCCUCCUUCCAGGAGCUGGAGGAAUUUGUCAGGGCCCUGGAGCCCAGCUCUGUGAUCCCCAUCGUCGGAUCAUCCGCGUGUAACUUCUCUGCUUACCUGAGUCACCGGGAGCAGAGAGGUCCAGUGGAGGUGCCGGAAUCUGUGCAGCUGUUUAUGAAGAAGGACCACGACCCUCCAGCCAAGCAUGUGCCGGGACCACCCAGACACGGGCCCUAUAUCCCCAGGGGAGUGGUGUUUGAGUCGCCGGAGCACAAUCCCAGACCAAACCAGCGCCAGGGGGAGGAUAGGAAGACUGAACCCCCUCUAGAUGAGCUAGAGCCCCAAGUCAGGAAGACUGGACCCCCUCUAGACGAGCAAGAGCCCCAGGACAGGAUGACUGGACCCCCUCUAGAUGAGCUAGAGCCCCAGGUCAGGAAGAUUGGACCCCCUCUAGAUGAGGUAGAGCCCCAGGUCAGGAAGACUGGACCCCCUCUAGAUGAGCUAGAGCCCCAGGUCAGGAAGACUGGACCCCCUCUAGAUGAGCUAGAGCCCCAGGUCAGGAAGACUGGACCCCCUCUAGAUGAGCUAGAGCCCCAGGUCAGGAAGACUGGACCCCCUCUAGACGACCUAGAGCCCCAGCGCCAGGACCCUGAUUUUCCAAUCAAAGUGCUGGGAGACUGCAGCAGAGCUGCCACCCAGGUAGCAGUUAGACGCGGUAAGAAACUCCCUCGUUCACUUGCUUUCUGCGGCGGGAAUCGAAAGCAGAUGAAGCUGGAUGAUGUGUGGUAUAAGACUGGACUUGGUUCUUCAAAACAAGCUUCAGGUAACACACUUGAGGACAACCCAACCCUGAAGUCUUCCUGUGAGCUGUUCACUCCACCGAAGAGACUGAAUGAGUCGAAAGCAGAGGACAAAGACGACGGCGGGCUACAGGAGCCAUCAAGAAGAGAUCCUGGCUGCUUGGCAGAGGAUCUGGAGUGCCGUGCUUGGCAGGGAGUCUCCCAGAGGUCGUGGAGAGCUGAGAACGAGUCUGUGUGGCCACUUGGGAACGGCGCGCUUAUGAGGGAAUCUGGAGCAGAAUCAGCCUGGCUGUCUAAGAACACUGAAGCUGAAAACUGUCUUCAGCACACGAGAGAUGCAGUGCCUGUAGAUCGAGCUGGAUCCACCUGCCUCUCAGAGCAAGCAGGUUCGCCUUCAUUUCCAGAGUCUGCUGGUUUUACGACAGGAGCGCCGGUCCGAGCUGCUCGUUUCAAGGCUCUUGCAGCUACUUCCAGUCAACUUGCAGGGAAGUGCGGGCUCGCCCCCUUAAAUAAGGUGGGGCAUAAAGGUCUCUACGAGGGGGCAUCGCCGGUCCGAGCUGCCAGUUGCAAGGCUCUUGCAGCUACUUCCAGUCACCUUGCAGGGAAGUGCAGGCUCGCCCCCUUAAAUAAGGUGGGUCAUAAAGGUCUCUACGAGGGGGCAUCUACGGUCCGAGCUGCCAGUUGCAAGGCUCUUGCAGUAACUUCCAGCCACCUGGCUGAGAAGUACCGUCUCUCCCCCUUCAAUCGCGCGCAGCAGCGUUACCCAACGUUCGAUGAACUUGUGGAAAGAUGCACGGGGAGGUCCCAGAGAUCCUGAAACCCAACCGAGGGGCGUUCUGACCCCCCCCCCCAGGAGACCAAACCCCAAUACUGUGUGUGAGGUGUUUGCUGGAACAAGGAGAUGCAGCCGUUUAGAAAGCUGCUUGGACGGUAGAAGAGGAGCACUAUUUCUACCAGGAUGAGUGUGCAAAUCGACAGCAACUGCAAGCACAUUCUUAUCAUUAUUAUUGUUGUUUUUAUUUUUGUUGCAUCAGGUCCAAGUCAAUCCGUUCUACAAUGACAGUUCUUGACAGAGAAAGCUGUUGGAAGCUCUUCUCUGUAUUGGAGCCUGCGUGCCCCUCUCUGUACUUGUAUAUGUAAGUCUUGUGUCCACUCUGAAUAGCUGAACCCUAGGAGGUGUGCCAGCAGUGCUUCUGGUGUCUGCUGUUACACGCUGUGCUUUUCACAGUGACGGAAGAGCGUGCUCCGAUUUGUACAGUGUGUGAUUUCAAGUUCUUUCUGUGCAGAUUUGGUCUUGAUUAAAUAAUCCUGUUAAACCUGCGUUGUUCUGACGUGAACCAGCUCAGCAUCUUGUGUGUUUGGUGCAAAAAGAAAGAUUCAACUACACUGUCCCGUUCCUUGGGCCUGGGCUGGGAGAGUACAGUAAGAACUGUUUUGUAAAUUGCUCAAUACUGCGUUACAGUGCUUUUUGUUCAACACUUUUAUGUAUUCAUGUUCACUGAUUUUCUUUGCCUGGUAUAUGUGCAGUACUGUACUUGAGUGUUUUAGACCCAGUGCUGUACAUGAAUGUGUUCAUUUAUAAUCCUCCCAGCAUUAAUAAAGAGACUACAAUGUAGUGUAACCACGCCCUCUCGGAGAUACUUUCACAUAUUUGAUGGACCUCUGGAACCAAUUAAAUGGGAUAUGACAGGUUCUACUGUAGACUUGAUUUUAGUAUUUAUUCAUUUGUAUUUUACUUUUGUAUUUCAGAGUUAUAGAGAUUUUCAUACACCGUAUUCAAUUACAAUUCUCAAUGCACCAGGAUGGUAAGGAUGAAACAAACGAAAGAAAGAAAGAACAUCUGUGCCCUUUCCCCUUAAAAUAUUCUGUUAUAGGAUUUGAUUUUCAAUUGGAAUUUAUAUGAACUUUAACAGCUGUAGUUGGGAUCCUUUUGUGCCAGGCUCUGUUUGUCCAAACAGUUUCACUACAGCAGGGAUGGAAAUAAGACUCCCAUUGCAUAGCAGUUUGAUCCAGUCCUGGUUUUACUGUGCUUAAUAAGACACACCUGAGCUUGUUACUCUGUGGCUAAUCACGCUCGUAGUAAAACCUGGAAUGGGUGAAACUGCUAUGCAAUCUGAGUCUUAUUUCCAUCUGGUACAGUUAGCAGAGCUUCAGUCCUGUAGACUGGGCAAUGCUUUAAUACUUGUUCAUGAAGUAAGUGUUUAAAGUAACUUCUGAGAAUCGGGGCAUGUGCUGUACGAUUUUUCUUUUGCAAGGAAUUUGAACAAAAAACUGCAGAACAAAUCGCGGCACUUUGUGUAUGCCCGCCUGCGUCGUUCUUAACGGCUCAGUGAAGCGAAACAAACAUUUGAUUGUAAAGACAGCGUUCAGGGAAAAUGCAUUCUCCUCAUGCGUGUGUUACUCGCUGUUCCUGAUUGGACGUGGAUACAGCGCGGAGGGCUGUGCUGGAGAUUCGGAUUGAUUACAGGCAGAACUCGUUCUUGUGUUAUUAUAAGAUAAUUGAACAGUAGAGGAUACCGAUCCCAGAUGUUAGCUGGAGGGCUUGACUGCGUUCCAAAGGGUUCUUCAGAAGAGCGCAUGUUUACAGGACUGUACAGAACUCAAAGGUGUAACAAACAAGGAAAGCAACACAGAGGUCAACCCCAGUUCUGUUACAGGAGCCCCAAUAGCCCAAAAUUAAGCCAUGUGAACUUGCAGCUAUAGCCAGAAGUUGUGCAUCACCCGUAGAAUUAACUAAUUUUGCUUCAUGAAGUCAAAUGAAGCCUGCUGAAUAAUGUUACGUUAACAUAUUGAAUCACACACCGCUUUGUAGCUUUCCAUAUACUUAACGAAAAACUGACAAAUUCAAAAAUGUGACAUUUCAAAAUCUAACGUGAAAUAGUGUACUACUAGCAUGGCUUCCGGUAGACUUUUGCAAUAUCAUUUUGUAGUUUCUUUACAUGAUGCUAAAUAAAAUAUCUAAAAUUAUUAUUAUUAUUAUUAUUUUAAUUGCAUCGCAAUACUAAAGUUCAAGGUGAUGCAAAACUUUGAGCCAUAGCUACGAAUACAAACAUCAGAUCUUCUGGAUCUUGGUGGAAUCGCCUGGCUGUUCUUAUGCAAAGUGUGAGUCAUGUUCUAGGAAUUCAGCGCCGUGUUCUUGUCCUGUAAGGAGACCUGCAGCCACACGACAGCGUCCUUGGUGGAAUUCUGUUAACGUUGAUUGUCCUCAAACUACAUUCUAGAUCCGUAUAAAGAAAGAACAUCUUGUAACGUUAAACACGGCUGUUUAGUUUUUACAGAGAGACGGAUACUGCGAAGCAUAACCAGGUUCUUUUAUGUCAUUGCUUAGAAACAGGGCUGUUUGUCCCACUCCAGUGAACGGCUUCGACUUUCAUUUUCAUCACAGUCGGUCAUUUUAGGAGCUCCCGAUGCGAACAAACAGAUGUUACACAAACAAUAGUGGACCAGCUUUACGAAGCGAUUGGUGCAGUGCAGAGCUUGCUUCACUGGAAUGCAUUCAUUUAUUUUUAUAAUUCCUGUCCGAAGGGGCUAUAACGGAAACGUGCAUCUGUCGCGCUUUGCAUUUUUCCAUGUGUCUAGAGAAGGGCUUGUUCAGUUGUGGCGAGGUCAUGUAAUGGGAAAGUUACAUUUUACUGUCUACAGUUUGCUGGCUUUACUAGGUCCGUAGGACAAACAGAACUUUAGUUAUAGAAUAAAGUGUGAUUUGUUUUUAAUAAGUAUAUAAAAUAUAGAAAUAAAGUUUAAAGAUGCUUAUUGUACAUAGUUCCUCUUUCUUGUUGAAGGGCAAGUGGCCCAUAUAAGGGAUUCAGCAACCGCAAGCUGCAUCUGUGACACUUCUCAGAAAUGUCACCGAACUAGUUAGAAGAGGUACAACUGACAGGAUGCUUGCAAUUUAGAUAAGUUGUUAUAUGAUUGGUCUCAUCUUAAUCUUCCAAGCUGUUGCUAUCCAACAUAUGCUGAGUUAAGCUUCUGUGAUGGGCUCGCAAUAACUGUAGGUUGCAAGGUAUAUAUUAUGCUUACUGACUCUGCGUAGUCAGAACUCUACUCGAUGUUUUUCUAACACCACGUGUGUUGAGAGUGUUCUCGGGUUUGCAAACCAUUAAACUUGUUUUACUCCA